AUGUCCAGAAUAGGAAGAUUUAAUAUGAUUGUUAUGGCGGGUACUGCAAAACCAAGUGCCAGUAUUGGUCAAACCCUAGGACCAUUAGGUAUAAAUAUGAUGACGUUUUUCAAAGAAUUUAGCGAACGAACAAAAAAUAUAUCAAAGAAUGUUCCUAUUCAAGUUACACUGGAACCAUUAAAUGACAGGACAUACAGAUUCUAUUUGAGAACUCCAACAGUUGUGUGGUUCAUCAGAAGAUGCGCUAGGGUUCCUAUGUUCAGUUCCACACCAAAACAUCAUAUUGUUGGGGCUAUUACCUUAGCUGAGGUUUUUCAUAUUGCUAAAUGUAAGCGUAUGGACCCCUCUUUGAUAAAUCUGUCUUUAAAAAGUAUUUGCAAAUAUAUUAUCGGUACAUGCAAAAGCAUGGGAAUAAAGGUAUGCAGAGAACUAGAUGAUGACGAGAAAAAAAAGUAUUUUGUCGACAUUAAUCAGCUAGACAACAUAAAAAAGGAUAUCAGAACGAGGAACAAGCAUCAGAAGAGGUCUAAGAAGUAG